AUGAGAACUCGGGCCCAGUCUACUAUUCACAAGCCCAAGCGGCUAUUUCCAGCUCUAUUUACAACCCGGGCGCCACCCCUUGAGCCUCGUUCAGACAAAGAAGCAAUGCAGUAUGCUGAAUGGGACUCCGCUCUUCGCCACGAGCACAAUGCUCUUCUUCGCAAUCACACUUGGGAUCUUGUUCCUCGCCAACCUCACUUCAACGUUCUGGGCAACAAAUGGGUCUACCGGAUUAAGCAUCACUGUGAUGGCUCCAUCAAUCUCUUCAAAUGCCGCCUUGUUUCAAAGGGUUUUCAUCAACGCCCCAGGGUGGAUUUUCAGGAUACAUACAGUCCUGUUGUCAAACCUGUGACUGUCCGCACGGUUUUCACCAUUGCUCUCUCUCAGAGUUGGCCCAUUAAGCAGUUUGAUGUCAACAAUGCUUUCCUUCAAGGCCCUCUAGAUGAUGAGGUCUACAUGGUCCAACCUUCAGGCUUUGUCGAUCCAUUACAUCCACACCAUGUUUGCCUCCUUCGUCGUGCUAUCUAUGGCUUACGUCAAGCCCCUCGGGCCUGGUACACUGCUCUCAGUUCUUUUCUCAUUGAGUUUGGCUUCAGGAAGACUGAAUCUGAUGCAUCCCUCUUCGUCUAUCAGCAUUCGGGCAUUAUUCUCUAUUUUCUUGCCUAUGUUGACGAUCUAUUGCUCACCGGCAAUGAUGCUACCACUUUUACAGCCUUCCAGCCCGCUCUUGCCCCCAAGUUUUCCCUCAAAGAACUGGGUGAUGUAAAUUACUUUCUGGGGAUAGAGGUUAUACCGACAGCGACGGGCUAUAUUCUCUCUCAGCACAAGUAUAUGACCGACAUUCUUGCCCGAUUUCAUAUGUUAGAGGAUGCUCCUGUCUCCAUGCCCCUUGCCUCCUCUGUCUCUUUGUCCCUUCAUGAUGGCACCUGUCCGACUGAUGCUACGCGGUUCCAGCAAGUCUUGGGUGCUCUGCAGUACCUCGUCUACACCCGUCCUGACAUUGCCUUCUCCAUCAACAAGCUCUCCCAGUACAUGCACUAUCCAUCCUCUCAUCAUUGGCAAUGCCUCAAACGGCUACAUUGCUAUGUUUGUGGUACUAUCUCCUAUGGCUUGGCCAUCUGGCGCAUCUCUUCCUAUGCGCGUCACAGCCUUUGCCGACUCUGA